ACCACCUGUAACUGUUUUGCGUUCAGAUUCUGAGUCCUGGCCAUUUGAAGAUCACUAUACUUACCUAAGAGGAUUCUGGCGUGGGAGGCUGGUCGGUAGUGAGGGAAAAGGAGACCGGGAAUCUCCUCUGGGUGACUUUGGGCAAACCCCCUUCCCUUCUCCAGGCGUGCCAGGCUGGGCUUUCUUGAAAAGAUCAGGACAUGGUGUUAAAAGUGGGAACUUGAAAACGCCGAGGAGAAUUCUGUAGGACCAUUUGGCCAACAAGCCAAACUUUUAAGCAUCUGGGCCAGAGUCUGGCCCAUCUCUCUCUGCCCUGCCGCUGGCUCCCAGAUCUUUGCUUUGUGGAGACAGCAUGGACAGAUUCCUGGUGAAGGGGGCAUUAGGGGGCCUUUUGGGAAAGAGGGAGCGAGAGGAGAGCAGAGAAGGCCCAGCAGGGCUGAGAGGAGACAAGGAGAGCAGCAGGAAAAGGACCAGGACAGAAACCCCGGGGAAUGCAGGCCACUCGGCCAGUCCCAUCUGGCGGCACAUCCGAGCUGAGGGCCUGAGUUGUGAUUACACAGUCCUGUUUGGCAAAACCGAAGCAGACAAGAUUUUCCAGGAGCUGGAGCAAGAAGUGGAGUAUUUUACAGGUGCGCUAGCCAGGGUCCAGGUAUUCGGGAAGUGGCACAGCGUGCCCAGGAAGCAAGCCACCUAUGGCAACGCGGGGCUGACCUACACGUUCUCGGGCCUCACUCUGUCUCCAAAGCCCUGGAUCCCAGUUCUAGAGCACGUCCGGGAUCGUGUUUCUGUGGUGACAGGAGAGACCUUCAACUUUGUGCUUGUCAACAGGUACAAGGAUGGCCAUGACCACAUCGGGGAGCACAGAGAUGAUGAACGAGAACUGGCUCCUGGGAGCCCCAUAGCCUCUGUCUCCUUCGGGGCCCACAGAGACUUCUUCUUCCGGCAUAAGGAUUCCCGGGGGAAAAAGCCCACCCGGAAGGUAGAGGUGGUCCGGCUUCAGCUGGCCCACGGGAGUUUGCUCAUGAUGAACCACCCGACCAACACUCACUGGUACCACAGUCUCCCCAUACGAAAGAAGAUUCUAGCCCCACGGGUCAAUCUGACAUUUCGCAAAAUUCUGCCCGCUAAAAAGUAAAAACUUUGUCGGUGGUUUGUACUUCUCUUUUCUCCUUCCCUCUCUACUCCAAGAGGGAGAUUGGCAUCUCUUUUCCCAGCAGGGAACAUAGGAAAGGCUUCAUCCAAGCAUGGGGCUUAUUACAUAACAACGCAGAAUUCAGAGAGAGGAUGGUUGUAGCAAAUUGGUCAUUUAUGAAAGAAUACCAGUUGAUUUUUUUUUUCCUAACAAAAAGAUUUUUUUAUUACUAUAAUACACAGCAGAUACAAAAGGUACCUUUAGCAAAUACAGAAAUCAGCAGUUAUGGCAUAAACUACUAGUGUAACUUAGGUUUUUGCCAAGAGAAGCUGCUCUGUAAAUAACUUAAAGCUAGAAAGGUGAUGUUGUGGCUGCUACUUAAUGCCUAAUAAUUU